AUGGCGAGCAGGGUUGGUGAUAAUGAUGGAUUUUCUGUAGAAGAAAUAGAACACCUUAUAGAUACUUAUCAUGAGGAAACCAGCACUGAUGAUGAUUAUGUUCCUGAAGAUAGUAGUUCUGAGUCAGAUGGGCUGAGUGCAGAUGAAUUAGGAACAGAUGAUGAAGAAUACUUUGAAGCAAGGAGAAAAAAAGCAGAAUCCAAAAAUAUUCCAGAUGAAGAGGGUGUUGAUUUUCAUGAACUGAGGGAUGAUCAAUCUGAUUAUGCAGACUCCGGAGAAGAGGUUAACUCUGAUUCUUCAAGUUCUGGGGGUUCGCUUAUCUGCUCUCGCAUCAGUACUAAAGAAAAACUAAUUAUUGUUUCAUUGUUUGUUCUCUUUCAAUCAGAGAUUCAGAGCAUGACUUCUCAAAAAAUGGAAAGCAUUACUAAUGUUAUGGAGUUUGAGGCCAUUGCAAGGGAAAAAUUGCCGAAAAUGGUUUACGAUUACUACGCGUCUGGUGCAGAGGAUCAAUGGACUCUGCAAGAGAAUCGAAACGCUUUCUCUAGGAUAAUGUUUCGCCCUCGGAUUUUAGUUGAUGUUAGCAAUGUUGAUGUAAGUACAACUGUUUUGGGUCACACGAUCUCAAUGCCGAUAAUGGUUGCUCCUACAGCAAUGCAGAAAAUGGCCCAUUCUGAAGGGGAACUUGCUACUGCAAGGGCAACUUCAGCUGCUGGCACCAUAAUGACAUUAUCCUCUUGGGGUACGUGUAGUGUUGAAGAGGUUGCCUCGACUGGACCUGGCAUUCGAUUCUUUCAGCUCUAUGUUUUCAGGGACAGAAAUGUCGUUCGGCAGCUUGUUAGAAGGGCCGAAAAUGCUGGUUUUAAAGCAAUUGCUCUUACAGUUGAUACACCAAGGCUCGGGCGAAGAGAAGCUGAUAUCAAGAACAGAUUUGCCUUACCAGCCAACUUGACACUGAAAAAUUUUGAAGGCUUGGACCUUGGCACAAUAGAUAGGACGAAUGACUCGGGACUUGCUACAUAUGUUGCAGAUCAAGUCGACCGGUCUCUUAAUUGGAAGGAUGUGAAGUGGCUUCAGACUAUCACUAAAUUGCCGAUUCUAGUGAAGGGAGUGUUAACUGCUGAGGAUGCAAAUCUUGCCGUACAAGCUGGAGUAGCAGGGAUUAUCGUGUCGAAUCAUGGAGCUCGGCAGCUCGACUAUGUUCCUGCAACAAUAAUGGCUUUGGAAGAGGUCGUGAAAGCCACGCAGGGAAGAAUUCCCGUUUUUCUUGAUGGUGGGGUGAGGCGUGGCACAGACGUUUUCAAAGCACUAGCACUCGGUGCAUCGGGUGUUUUUAUUGGCCGGCCGGUCGUUUUUGCCUUAGCAGCAGAUGGCGAAUCAGGCGUGAAAAAAGUGCUUCAAAUGCUUCACGACGAGUUUGAGCUGACAAUGGCUUUGAGUGGCUGCCGAUCGGUCAACGAGAUCACGCGGGCCCACAUAACGACCCCUUGGGACGCGGCUCGUGCUCAUCGUUUGUCUCGUCGAGAUGCUCGUAAAACGCCGAGAAAAAUGCCGAGCCGAGUUGGGUCGCAUGUUGUCACGUCGCGGGGAGCUGCGGACGUAGCUGGGUCGUGCGAUCGCAGGUUGCUCAUGGGGAAUUUUCGGGUUGCGUUGGGGGCUCGCGGUCGCUGCGGAUCACGCGUCUAG